AUGGCAGACUACGACAGCGACUCCUCAGAACAGGAGUUCACUGAGACCAAUGUGUUACUUGGCUAUGCCACCAAAGACGCCGACGAGGACACCAUUAGUCGUCUCGGCGGCCGACCAGACUGGCUGAACCCCGACCAACCAGCCUCGGCGGCCCUGGCGCGCUGUAAAGUGUGCAACGACUUCAUGGUCCAACUCUUGCAGCUCAACGGCGAGCUUCCCGAAAGGUUCCCCGGCCAUGAGCGCCGUCUCUAUGUCUUCGCGUGCCGCAGGCCGACAUGCAGGCGCAAGCAGGGCAGCAUCCGCGCCAUGAGAGGUGUCAGGAUAUCCAAGGACGCUCCCGCAGUCGGGACAAAGAAGGCCGAGACGAAAGCUCCGAAAAAGACGGUCGAGGAGGCACCCAAAAAUACCGACGGCCCUGGCCUCGGCAGUGCGCUGUUCGGCGGCGGCGGCGGCGGCGGCGUCUCAGGCACAACAAACCCGUCUGCAAGCAACGCGAACCCCUUUAGCACGGGAACAUCUUCGAGCAGCCCCUUUAGCACCACCGCGCCGGCAUCGAACCCCUUCUCCAAGCCGGCAGCCGAGCCUAAGCAGCCCAAGCAGCCCGAGCAACAGGAGAAAGAGGCCAAGGAUCCGGCAGCGUCCCUCCCCAAGACCUUCGCCGAGACCCUCAAUCUCAACAACCCGCAGACCCCUUCCGGCCCGCCCCCUCCACCGGAGCCUUGGCCCGCAGCCGACGCUCUGCCGAAGCCAUACCCGCUCUCCUACCUCGCGGACGCCGAGUUCGAGACACUGGACCCGGAGCCCAUGUCUGUGCCUCAGAACGCGCGGAUGGAGGUCGACAACGAGGGCGGCGCCGGCGCAUCAGGCGGCGAUACCAAGGACGUUUUCGAGUCGUCCAUGGACGCCGUGUUCCAAAAGUUCGCAGACCGCAUGGCGCAGAACCCGGAACAGGCCAUCCGCUACGAGUUCGCCGGCACGCCCCUGCUGUACUCCAAGGCCGACGCCGUCGGCAAGGCCCUCGGCGGCGGUGGAAGGAUGCCGAGGUGCGGCAACUGCAGCGCCGGGAGAGUGUUUGAGGUGCAGAUGACGCCGCACGCCAUCACGGAGCUUGAGGCCGAGGAGCUGUCGCUCGAGGGUAUGGAUUGGGGUACGAUCAUUGUGGGUGUUUGCGAGGCGGACUGUCAGCAGAGAGGGGUCCAGGCCGGUGAGGCAGGUUACCUUGAGGAAUGGUGCGGCGUUCAGUGGGAGGAGAUGGAGAAGCGAUGA